GAAUGAAGAAUAUUUUCGUACUUAUUACCACUGGUAUUUGGUGGUCAUCAUUAUUUUUCAUUUCAUUCAUCAGUCUAUUUCAACAUUAUUCAACCUAUCCAAUGGUAAGUUUAUAUAUAAGUGAAUAGCAAAUUCUUUUUAUCAUUCGAUUUCGAUGAAAAAAUAGCCACAAAUGAGAAUAUGUAUACAAUCAAUUGAUCCAACAAGAUUACCAAGUCAAUGUAUCUAUUGUAAAAGUCGUACAUUUCCAAUUACUGUUCGUAUGUGUACUGGUAAUUCAUAUCUUCCGGCACGUAUGACAUUGAAUGAAGCUUCGUGUUUGAUAACCACUUGUCGUAAGCAACUUCCAAGAUAUCCACCGGAACCAUAUUCAUAUAUACGUCCAAUGGCUAAUAAUAAUAUUGGUUAUAAUAAUAAUAAUAAUCAUAAUAACUAUAAUAGCCAUAAUAAUAAUAAUGCAAUGCAUAAUGAUCCAAUUAAUGAUGACGAUGAUGAUAAUGAUCAUAGUAAUGAUCAUACGAAUGGAUCGAAUGGUAUCGAUGAUGUUGGUGGUAACAAUGGUGGCAAUGAUAUAAUGGAACAUCCAUCAACAACAAUAAUCAAUAAGAUACUUCGACCAUUUUCAUUGUAUGGAUAA